AUGGCGCCCUCUCUGCCUUGUUUAUAGCGUCUUCGUUUACCACCCUUGCGCGCGCGUGCCGCUGUCGUCAACCAAUUCCUGUCUGGAGUGUCUGACCGCCGGUGGGCGAGUGGGGUGUGUCUGCAAGCGGAGAGAGCGUGCGAUUCAGACUCCUUGUACACAACACGACUCGAUUCGGGGAGAGACUGCCUGGAACCAUGAAGAAAUCGAGCCCGGCAAAGCAACAACCACCACCUCCGGCUGAAGUCACAGUGCCAGAUAACGAGGUUACUGUGCAACAACUGAACGAGCUGUUGUCAAACAGCAGCGGAUUUUACAGUUUACCAACACAGCAUUUCAACGAGGUCUUCCCUAGAAUAUACGUUGGUAACGCGUUUGUGGGCCAGAAUCUGAUGCGUCUGCAGAAGCUGGGUGUGACCCACAUCCUGAACGCGGCGGAGGGCAACUCCUUCAUGCACGUCAACACCAACGCAGAGUUCUAUGCUGGCUCGGGCAUCACCUACCACGGCAUCCAGGCCAACGACAAGCCUCAGUUCAACCUCAGUACAUUUUUUGAGGAGGGGGCAGACUUCAUCGAGAAGGCUCUGGCACACAACAAUGGCAAAGGGAAGGUGUACGUCCACUGCCGAGAGGGCUACAGCCGCUCGCCCACCAUUGUCAUCGCUUACCUCAUGCUGCGCCACAACCUGGACGCCCGGGUGGCGGUUGCCACGGUGAGGCUGAAGAGAGAGAUCGGCCCCAAUGACGGCUUUCUGCGCCAGCUGUGCCAACUCAACGAGAAGCUGGCAAAAGAGGGCAAGUUGAAUGGGGUGAUGCCAGUCGUGGCUGCCAGGUUAAAGACAAAGUAAGAGAGGGAGAGAGACCCAAACCCUCUUAUUCUGCCUUCCAUAGGAGACAACCUGACUCAAUCCACCCUGACCGCCAAACGUCUCACACACAUGCACAUACAUGUAACAUGCAUGCACUGUACAUACAUGGUGACAGUCACACAAUAACUUUCUCUCACACAAACUCUCCUAUCUGUCAUGCUGCCGUCCUCUUUCUCACUCUGUCUCUCGCUCUCUGUCUCUCACUCUGCUGGUCUCCUUGGGUACAUUUGUUCCGAUAGUGGGGGAAGUAUGUUAGACCGAGGGGUGUGGAAAAGAGGGUACCUGGGGCAUGCAGGCAUCCAUCUAACCAUGGCUCAGUGCUUUCCAGUUUACUCGGUCACCCAUCUUCUCUCUGUAGAUUCCAGAAGCAUACGUCCCACCGCUGGCACACACAGCCCCAAAGUUUUGUGUGUGAAGUUUUGACUUGACCAAUGAAGCAUUCCCUAGACCAUAUGUUUAAAACACUGAACAUUUCUCUCCGUGUUCCACUUGGAGCUCUGAGGUCGGAAGAGUACAAAUAAUAUAUUAUAGCACAAUCAUUAAACAGAAUCCCACUGCCGGGACUGUCGGACUACAAUGAUGUCAUGACACCAACAAAAUGAUCUCUGACCAGUCUGGAAUGUUUUGGGACAUUUAGACUAUUCCUGAUUGGGUGUGACAAUGAAGCACCCUGACAUCACACAAGGAAGUGGCAUGGGUAGUGUUGGGUGGGCUAAUUUGGUGUAUAAAAAAACAAACAUUCCAUAGAGACUGGCUCCCCAAGAUGUCAUACACACACACACACCCAUCAUGUCUAAGUAGAAGCAAGCAGCAACACACACACACACACACACACAUCAUGUCUAUGUAGAAGCAAGCAGCAGCACACUUUCUUUGUGUGCAUUUACAGGGAUGGAACCUAUUUACAAAGGAAAACGCACUUACCAUGCCAGACAGGUACCCACUGCCAAUUCCAAAGUGCACAUCCAUCGUUGUGUCCAUCCCAUAGAUAUACAGCUCCACUGUCAAUCAAUGCCAGAAUUGGCUGUUAUAUGUCAACUGCCUUGAACCAAUAUGUGCAUACUAAUGUUAUGCCAAUUUGGAGGUGAACUCCCAAGGCUUUUCUGUUUGUCUGUAUUAGUACAUUGCAGUAUACUGUAUGUCUCAAUGCCCUGCCAUCCUAUUGAAGUAUAUAUUUAAGCAAUAAGGCAUGAGGGGGUGUGAUAUAUGGUCAAUAUACCACGGCUACGGGAUGUUCUUUCGCACAACGCAACCCAGAGUGCCUGGAUAAAGCCCUUAGCCGUGGUAUAUUGGCCAUAUACCACAAACCCCCUAGGUGCUUUAUUGCUAUUAUAAACUGGUUACAAAUGUAAUUAGAUCAGUCAAAAUAAAUGUGGUAUAUGGUCUAAUAUACCACGUAUUUCAGCCAAUCAGCAUUCAGGGAUCAAACCACCCAGUUUAUGAUCACAACCAAGAGAAACGUCUCAGAAAUGAUUAUAACCGGUGUUGCACAUGAAUUGAGAUGAAUUGUGGAAGGCUCUACAGCUUUCUGAAACAAUUUCUGUCUUUAAAUGACAUUCGAAUCAAUGGAAAGACCCAAAGGCUCCAGGCAAGCUCACAAGACAUCUAAGCCUGGGGCAGGGGGGGGGGGGUUUACCCCUCAAAUGUCCCUGUUGCAUCCGGAGUUGUCUUUGACUUAACUUCAUGGUCAAGUGUGAUAGACAGUCACUGGAUCCAGCCCCACUAGCAGGGACAGCGAGUCCUAACGAACCAUCAUCACUCCAUUUUGGAAACGAUGUACUAAAGAGGGGUCUAGCAUAGCCACGGUUAGUUCACCCGGUUCUUCCCAUGUGUCAAAUCCGAUAGAGCUCAGUCGCUCAGCAUAGAGGCCUACGGGCUUAUUGGUGCAUCCAUGGGUGGAAUGAAUAGAAGUGGAAAUAGUUAUCUCUGUCUGAGAAAUUGAACUCUGAAAACGAGGUUACGUUAUGUCAUACGGCACCAUCUAUUCCUCAUUUUAUACAUCUAUAUACAUAGAAAUAUUAUACAUGUAUAUACAUAUUUAAGCAUUGACAUAUAUGAAUGUAGAGCAAUGUGUCUAUAAUGUGUAAGUAUCGUUAGUACAUGUGUAUAUCACUGUAGCACUUAUACUGUAGUUCUUAUGUCAACAUUAGAUCACUCAGUCCUCUACUAACUCUUCUACAUUCCUCCUAUAUUCCAAUAUCUGUAUUUAAAGAUGCCUUCAUGCUUUUUCCUCUGCGUUCUGUUGGGGAUAUACAUGGAGGGAUUGUAGAUCUAUUUUUAUUCGAAUCUAUUGAUUCUGUGACUCAUGCUGAUGACUGAUGGGAUGUUCUCUCUGACUCGGAUGCUCUAUGCUCUGACCCCAACUUAACUUAUCAUUGACAAGUCAACGAGGAGGCUGGUGGGAGGAGCACUAUGAGCAUGGGCUCAUUGUAAUGGCUGGAAUGGAAUUGUAUCAAACAUAUGGAGUUCCAUUCCAGCCAUUACAAUGAGCCCGUCCUCUUAUAGCACCAGCCUCCUCUGUCACACUACUAUUUAUAAGCACCAUCACGGAAACUGCACAAAAUUGCAUUUUUUCCCCCCCCUAAUUAAUCCAUUCUAAAAACAAAACGAUAUUCCGGAAGGAUCUCUCUAACAUUCCUGUAUGAUCUGGAGACCAACCUAACCCACUGUAGUUACUGAGAACCUUUUGUGCCGUCAACGCAAACGUAUUUCAUAGAUUUCCUGUGCCAAGCAGCCUAUAGUAGCUGUUUAUGACUGGCUUUGUUUUCUCUGUCGUUCUAUCAGGCCAAUAUACCAUGAGGCUGUUUUCCUACUGCCCAACAAUAGACAACAAGACACUGUUGGAGACAUAAAAAAUAAAAAAAUGGGAGGGGGUCAUUCAAACCCUUAUUGAUUACAAAUGAAAGGUUCAGCUAUUUAACCCAUUUGGAGAAUUUUGGUGUAUUGUUCUAAGAUGAGGGUUAUUAUUUAUUUGUUUCAGCAUUUGAACUGCCUACAGCCUAGCGAUAGUCCUUUUGUUAGUAUUUGCUUUACCACAAAUUAGGUUAAAGGGUUAACUUUAUAACAUGCAUAAGGGGUUGUAAAAUACAUUGAACCAGAUCCAUAGAUCAGAAUCAAACACACCAUUCUGUUAAUGUGUUGAAGGAUAGGGGAAACAGUGUCCCCUGCUGUUUCAAAUGUUUUUGCACAAUUUAUUAAAUAAUGGUAAUGCCGUUAAGCAGACACUUUAUUUGCCAAUUAUCGUUACUCCUGGUUUCUGCUGUGUCUAUUAUACAGUUGAGAUUAUUGUAAAACAUGGACUGAAGUGGGACAAUUGUUGUCUAUUUUUGAAUGAUAUGUCAUUGAUGUACUGCAGGGGGAGGCAACCCUGGUCCUCGAGUGCUGCAGGCACGUUGUGUUUUUGAUUUACCAACCUGAAAGACCAGGUGUGUUGAAUUUAGGUAAUCACUGAACUGAUAAAUUAGGUCUGUUGGCCAGGUGUGGUGCCUUGUUGGAACAAAAUCCUGCAGUACCUGCGGCCCUCCAAGAACAGGGUUGCCUAACCCUGAUGUACUGUAUAUUCACUCUUGAAUAUAAUAUACUAUUGAAUUUUCAAUGUGUUAAUGUUACAACAUCUCUGUGCUUAUGGUUUUGCUAUGUGUUGUAAUGUCAGGAAUGGGAAAUGUGAUAUUCCUCAUCUAUAUGAGGGAUAUUUCCAGUCACCUCAAAUGAUUGGCACACUUGAUAAAGAUGCUCAAACAUUUUGAAAUGAUUGUAUGAUCUGAGUAAGUAAGAGUAAUUUUUAACAAAAAUAAUACAACAAAAAGUAUUUAAAAAAAAGAGCCAUCUGACCAUAGAACCGGUUUUAAUCUAUGUGCCAAUUCCGUUUAGCAAGUUUAUGCUGUACCUAGUGUAAAAUAUGGUGGUGGAUCUUUGAUGUUAUGGGGCUAUUUUGCUUCCACUGGUCCCAGGUCAUCGUGAACAUUACCCAUUACCAGGACAUUUUAGCCCACAAUAUUGUUGCUUCUACCAGAAGGCUGUGGAUCUUCCAGCAAGACAAUAACCCCAAGCACACAUCAAAAUAGUUAAUUGACCACAAUAUCAACAUUUUGCAAUAGCCAUCUGUCUCCAGACUUGAACCCCAUUGAAAACCUGUGGUUUGAAUUGAGGAGGGCCGUCCAUAAGAGCAGGGGAAGGAUAUCAAGGAUCUGGAAAGCCUCUGUAUGGAGGAAUGGUCUCAGAUCCCUCCCAACAUGUGUUCUCCAAUGUCAUAACAAUGUUAGAAAAAAACUUAGUGUUGUAAUCCUCGCAGGGGGAGGGUGCUGGAGUACUGGAAACAGGGGCCCCAAUCAUUUUGACAUAUCUUAUAGAUUACUUGUUAAUAAACAAAAUCUCUUUCUCUGACCAAUUGUUAGUAUAAUAUAAUUUCCUUGAUGUUUUGAGCAUACAAUAAAUAUCAGUAUUUGAUAUCUUUUUUUUUUUGCUCUUCUUUAUCACUGGUGCUAAUAAGUUUGGAGGUGUGUUACAGUAACUGCACUCUGGCCAUUGUGAGUCACUGCAUUUUACCAUAACGAGAAGGUAUUUAAUCAGCCCUAUAGUAAUGUAAUAUCCUUGUGUGUUCAAGUAUGCUGUUUGUAAAGAGAAAAUGAAAUAAUGGGUAUGGUUUUAUUGUUAAUGUGCAUUUCAAUGAUCACCGUGUGUGUGUGUGUGGUGUUACCCACUGGGCACAGACGUCAGUUCAACGUCUAGUUUUGAUUUACAUUUGGUUGAGUUGUCAACGAACGUGAAUUCAACAACAAAUGGCACCAUGUCAUUGGAUUUAGGUUAAAAGUCGAGUGGAAACAAAAUGAAUUUCCCUUAGGUUUAUUUAUUUAUUUUUCAAAUCCAAUCAGUUUUCCACAUCACAGAUUUUUUUAGAAUUUAUUCAACCAGUUUUUGCCCAGUGGGUAGUUUCUUGUCUCAUACUUAGAUUAUUUUGCUGUACUAAUAAAUGCUGCUCUUUUUAUUAUUGUUAUAAACACUCAACAGUUAAUAUACCGACGCCGCCUUCCCCAAGUCUCCUUUCACUGAAAUGUCUUCCAUGUUUCCAGCCCCAUCUGAUUUACCUUCAGAUAGACAUAAAGGUGAUUGAUAUCUUAAGGUUAAAGGUCACUGAUAUAUUUUUCCUACUCAGUUGCCAUUGUGGCCCCCUCCAUUACGUUCCCUACAGGCGUUAAAGAGUAGCAGGAGAUUUAGCACAAAUGACCCCACACUGCCUGGCUUCCACAGCCCAGUUAUCCUCGCACGUUCUCACAAUGUUGCAUUCAUGUUUUAUUAAUGUCACUGAGGAUUUCCACUAUCAACAAUAUUUGGUUGUUUUGUGUUGGGUUCAUUCCGAUCUGUCCCUUUUCAUACUAACAGUAGCGGGCACUGCCUGGAGAUGGAACAGGAUACGCAUCACAGGAAAUGCAUUAUGACAUUAAUGACACAGAAUCCUACCCAAAAGCCUUACACUGAAGAUAGAAUCAAUCUCUAUAUUUUAGUUCUGUGUACUUACUUCACACAGUAUGGAAGGACGGCUCCCUUGCAGACGGAGAUGACGCUGUUUGUUGAAGUGCACUUGGUUUUAAAUUGUAGUGUUAUUUUUUUCUUACCUUGAAAAGUCGACUCUUUCUUGUGUUAAACAAUAAAUGGCUAAGAUGUUAACCUUG